AUGGACGCCAAUCUGUCGGAGCGCAGCAAAGCGCACCUCAGCGAUGAUGAGAAGAUACCUGUCGAGGUUCCCGAGACCGAGAAGAUACCUGUCGAGCACCCAGAGAAAGCGCGCCCUCAAGUAGAGAUUCCAAUCUACAACGACGUAGAGCGUGUCGACCAAACCGACUUGUCCUUUGCUGCAAUUCUCAAAGGCACUGCCGCAAACCCGCUCAAUACCUUCGAGAAGAAGGCCGCUUUGAUCAAUGUUGAACUCGACAAGUUCGGAAUGGGAAGGUACCAAAUAUGCAUCUGGUUCCUCUGUGGCUUUGGAUACUUUCUUGAUCUCGCAUGGUCACAAGGUGUCGGUCUGAUUGCUUCAGCCAUUUAUCAGGAGAUGGGAGUCUCUGAUGCACACACUGGAGACAUCUUUGCAAUUGCCAACGCAGGACUGGCUGUUGGUGCGCUUGGCUUUGGCCUUGCCGUCGAUAUUAUUGGUCGUAAAUGGGCUUUUAACCUCACUUGCCUUAUCACUUCAAUAUUUGGGCUGUUGCUGGCUGCCCCCAAGUACAAUUAUGGUGCGAUAUGCGCUAUCUACUUCCUUGCGUCCCUUGGUCUCGGAGGCAACAUCCCGAUUGAUGCAACCAUAGCACUUGAGUUUCUACCUCAUAACCGACGUUUCCUUGUCGCCCUUCUUUCCAUGUGGCAACCAAUCGGUGUUGCUAUUGCAUCUUGCAUCGCCUACGGCACCACCGGUCAAGCCAAAUGGCGCUGUGAUCCCGAUUUGCCAGCUUGCCCCAGCGUCAAUUCUGGAGAAGCCUGCUGUACAGUUGACAGCAACAUGGGAUGGCGCUACACUGUCAUCGUUCUUGGAUGCAUGACGUUGGCAGUGUUCUUCCUCCGCUACUUCGUCUUCACUUUCCAUGAGUCGCCUAAGUUCUUGCUUGCGAGAGGAAAAGAGCAAGAGGCUCUCGAUGUUUUGCACAGGAUUGCAAAGUUCAACAAGCAACCGGCCCCGACGUUGACCAUGGAGAUGUUCGCCGCCAUAGAUGAUGCUUCUUCCAAUGCUACAUCAAGCGUACGAGUGUCAGACGAAGGCCCUCAAGACACCAAGACCACUACCAAGAAGGUCGUUAGCGGAUUUGGAAAAGAAUUGACUCGCCUCAAGGGUAUCUUUACUAACAAACUAUCCGCCUUUAUUUUCGUCUUACUUGCGAUCACAUACAUGGGCGACUACUGGUCCUUCAAUCUUGCGGGUAGCUUCCUUCCACUUAUCCUGUUACGCAACAAUGUUGACGAGGGUCGGGGAACCGUGAGCGACACAUAUCAGCAGUACCUCAUCAUCUACUUCCCAGGAAUUAUCGGUGCUCUCCUCGCUCUUGCAUCUAUCCAGUUGCCUCUUGUUGGCCGAAAAUGGUCUCUGGUCUUCUCCGCUCUCUGCCAGGGUGUUUCCAUGGCCAUGUACACCCAGGUGUCUAACACUGCGGCUUAUGUGGGUUUGAACGCUUUGGAAUAUAUCAUGCAAACUUAUUUCAAUGCCGUCUUGUAUGCGUCCGCUCCGGAACUAUUCGACACCGUCUAUCGCGGCAGUGUGAGUGGCAUGCUUUCGUGCCUAGGUCGUAUUGCAGGAAUUGUCGCACCCUAUGCGGGUGCUCAGCUUCUUGCUAACAAUAGUUCCGGUAUCCUUUGGCUAGGUGCUGGUGGUAUCUGGCUAUCUGCACUGUUGAUGUGCUUCUUGCCUGUGGAGAUGAAGAACAGACAAAUGUUCUAA